CCCGAACCAUGCCAGUACUGUUGCAUACCUGCCUUACUCUGCGACAAGCUGAGAGAGCGAUCCUCUGCCUUGUAAAUAUUUGGUUAACUCGGCUCUAUCUGUCACAAGCUGAUCACGCUGGGAUUCUACCUGAGCAGUCAACCUUGAGAGAGGGAAAGUGGUAUAUCAUACAUUUCUCCGGUCAAGCGAGCCAACUCUGGGAUAUUGGACCUCGGCUUCUGCCUAUGUCGGAGGGCUUGAUAUAGUCCACACAUACAAUAUCUUCGAUGAAGAUGUUAGUGCCCGUUUCUUUGACCAUGGAAUGGCCAAUAUGAUUGGGCCUCUGGGAACGCUGAAGGCGACGACAACACCGUCGUCUCUGGCCCCUAUCAGACAUUGGCACCAGUUACGAUACAAAGGGAAAUCAGUUGGCUGAAGUUACGUUUUCUUCAUGGGACCUUGGGGAGCCUGGCUUCACCGCCUUGCAGAGGUUCUCGUCUGCACCGUAUGUUAGAAAUAACCAUAGUCGACAUAAAUACACAGCGUCUCGGACGACGCAUGAAACCAAGCUCGAUGCACCCAAGUCCGGGAAGCGGAACACAUCCGUUGGGAGCAAUCCGUCAUGGUCGGUGCCUAUACAACCUGGAAUGCGGGUCAUCGAAAUAAACCACUCCUCU